AUGAGUGGUUCAGGAGAUCGCUUUACUGAUAUUGAGCUGGAAAAUAAACGUUUACCAGCAUGUUAUGGUUAUCUUAAUUAUAAAUUAUUAUCUCUUGGAGAAGCUAUGAAAGAAUUACAAGAUUUUUUAAAAGAUAUAGAUCGUUUUGUUAAAUUAGCAAAAAGACAUUGUACAUAUCCAAAUGAUCAUAAUUUAACAAAAGAUGAAUCUGCAGCAAUAUAUAUUUAUACAAUGGAAAUGUCUGAUGAUUCAUGUGUUUAUCGAAUUUUAAAUCAAACACUUCGUGAAGAAGAUCGCUCAAAAGUUCGUCCAUGGUUUGGAUAUUUAAAACUUUUAGAUUCAGCAACAUCAAAAUUACCUAAUUUUAAAGGAACUAUUUUUCGUGGAAUUGAUAAAGAUGUUACUAUCAGUUUUAAAGAAGGUCAAAGAAUUACUUGGUGGAGUAUAACUUCAUGUUCAAAAUCCAUUGCCGUUAUUUCUUCAUUUAUUAGCAAAUCUUCUUCAAGUACAUUAUUUAAUAUUGAAUGUUCAAAUGGAAAAUUAGUUUCAUCAUAUACAUGUUAUCCAACUGAAAACGAAGUUAUUUUAAUGCCUGGAACAGUAUUUGAAGUUGUAUCUAAUCCAUUAAAUCAUAAAGGUGGACUAAAUAUUAUUCAUUUAAAAGAAAUUAAUGACGAUGAAAAAGAAGAACCGCCAAGGCCACCAAAUCCAAAUUCUUAUCAAUUAAAUCAUCCUACAACUAGUACAGCAACUAUACCAAAGAAUCAAAUAACAACUCCAUCUCAAAUAAAACCACGUAUGUUUCAUUAA